CUGUACGCAUACAGACGAUUCAGUCAUCAGUGAUAUAAAUAGUAGAUCUUUAUUAGUCUCUAACUCUGACUCUCUCAUCGAUAAGUUAUUAGAUCUGAUUAUUCGAGUCUAACAUAUUAACGAUUCAAUGUAAUGGAAAAUAAUAUGUAAAUUAGCACCCAAAGUAACUACCCGAGGUCGUAAACAGCAAAAGGAUAACCGACCUCAUGGAGGAUAAGUGACAGAAGUGAAUCUUCCCACCAAGACGAAUAAAGAUAUAUGUGUUCAGCGUUGGACAGCGGGCGCUGUGUGUUAGCCCGCGCGCCGCCAGUGCUACCGGGCCAAGAACGACGCACAGACGUCGCGACGAACAAACAAACCAGUAAACAUGAGUGCAAAGUUCCUUUAUCUCGCCGCUUGCGUUGCUUUCGCUAACGCGGGAAUACUUCUGGAGCACGCUCCACCAUGCCCGGAAGAAUACGGUGUCCAGGCAUAUGCGCAUCCCGAGCAGUGCGACCAAUUCUUUCUCUGCACUAACGGCACGCUCACCGUAGAGACCUGCGAGAACGGGCUUCUCUUCGACGGAAAGGGUGCAGUUCACAACCACUGCAACUAUAAUUGGGCUGUUGAUUGUGGUCACAGAACAGCGAAUUUGGAACCUCUAUCAACACCCGGAUGCGAAUACCAAUUCGGUAUUUACCCAGAUAGCCACGAGUGCUCCACUAGCUACAUUAAAUGCGCAUAUGGUGUCCCGGAACAAUUUCCCUGCACCCCAGGCUUGGUCUACGAUGAGCGCAGUCACAGCUGCAACUGGCCUGAUCUCCUCCAACCCUUCUGUAACCCCGAGGCUGUCGUUGGCUUCAAAUGCCCAUCAAAAGUACCAGCGAACACUCCAUCGGCUAAGUUCUGGCCGUUCCCCCGCUUCCCCGUACCUGGAGACUGUCACAGGCUCAUCACCUGCGUGGAGGGUCAGCCCCGUCUUAUCACCUGCGAAGAAGGAAAAGUGUUCGAUGAUCAGAACCUGACCUGUGAAGAUCCAGAGAUCGUUCCUCAUUGCGGUCGCGCGUAAUUGCCUUUCAACUGUAUUGCAAAAUGAAAACGACAACUGUCCAUAAUUUUUUUAUCUUUGAACAGAGCCUCUCUAAACUAACAAUAAGCUUUUAUUGUUAUUUAACGAAUUGCAAGAUUUGAUAAUUAAAAUCUACGCUUGAUUAAUUAAAAUUCUUAUAAAGUAUUCAAACUAUAUAAAAAACUAAAAUUACUACAAAAAUAAAAAAGAGAUAAACUUUGAUUUGAAAUGACGUACUUGCGUUUAAAUAUACUCGUACAUAGUUCGUUUUCGUUUUGUGAUGCUUUACGUAACUUAUUUACUCUGAGAUUGGAUCCUUCUCAAAUAAUACUAUUUAUUUCCCUAUAACCAACAGAAAAUAAUGAUUACAAAUUUAAACGAGCAAAUCAGUUGCCGAAUAAUUUAAAAUAACCACGUGAUAUUAGGUUACCAUAUAAUUUAUAUCUGAGACAUAAAUAUAUAUAUUUUGCAUAUUUCUGUAAAUAUACCAUUUGAGAUGUGAAAAUGUAAAUACGAGAGAGAAUAUUGAUACCAAUAAAACAUAUAAAAUAAA